AAUUUUGACUAGGAUAGAGAAAACAGAGGAGAGAGAUUGCGUGUGCGUGUGUCUGUUUUGUUUGUUGUGUGUGUGAGUGUGUGUGUUGAGAGAAGAGUACACGCGGUGUGCCCGAGCACGGGAGAGCGAGUGCGCGGCCACCCGAACUAGAUGUGCGUAAAUGGAAGGUAUAGGGGACAUAGCCGAUCAUCAAUCGCAUAGCGAGCAAUUACUAGACUCGGUCGAUUCUCCGGCGGCGGUUUCUACGCAUGGCCGGGGAACCGGUGGGGGCGGCUCGAAUGGGAACUGUGCAGGAGAAGGAGGAGGAGGUGGUAGAGGGACGGUGGUGGGUGGGGGUAGACAUCACCAUCAUCACCACCACCAUCAUCACCACCAUCACCACCAUCAACAACAGCAACAGCAUCAUCCUCAUCAUCCUCAUUCCCAACAACAACAUCAUCAUCAUCAUCAACAGCAGCAACACGAAAUUCUUGGGGAAGGAGGAGGAGAUAGACACGUCGUGGUGGUCGGAGGAGGUGGUAACAACGGCGGUGGAGGUGGUAGCACGGAGGGUAUGUCGUCUUCCGCGUCGCAAAGUCCCGACAUCGCGUGCGCGAGCCUGCCGCUGGAACUACUGGCGGCUGGCGCGCUCGGCGUCAAGGAGGAGCGAGAGCUCGCCGCCGCGGAGGAUCUGUCGUCGUCCCAGGAGGCAGCAGCAGCAGUGGCAUCAGCAGUUACCAGUNNNUCGGUGAUCGUGCCACCUCAGGACGUGGACGUGGACUCGCGGGACGCCGACUCGGAGCUGCUCAGUCCGGGCAAGCUAACGCCGACCUCGGGGAUAAGCGUCUCGGUCGCGAGUAUGAUCGACGCGACGGACUUCAGGGCGAUGCAGCCGGAGCCGACCUAUCAGACACUGACCUCGGUCGCGGAGAGGAUGUCGCCGCCGGGUUUCAGCCCGGGCUCCUCGUACGCGACGCUCACGCCGUUACAGCCGUUACCGCCGAUUUCCACCAUGAGCGACAAGUUCGUGUAUAGUGCACACGCGGCCGGCGGUGUAACCGGCAGUUUCGCCGUGAUGCAGAACAACGGCCUGGGCAAUAUUGGCCUCGGUAUGGCCAGCUCGCCGUACGCGUACGACAAAUUACCUUCGAUGGGAAUGUCGCCGCCGCACAAUUACCCGUCGCCGGGUGCGGGCCUUCAGCCUUCGCCUUUGUCGCCCCAGAGCGCCUACAGUCAGAGCGGUUUGAACUCGCCGCACAAGUCCGCCAGUCCUCAUUACGAUCCGGCCUUUUUGCCGCGGUUGCAACAGAGUCCGGCUGCCCUUAGCCCUUCUUCACCGCCCGCUGUCUCGGCGACGGCAAGUUUCGCGCCUUCUCAUCAUUCCCCGCCUACGCACUCGGUACCCGCUGCCUCGCCACCGCCUAUGCAAACGCAAUUGCAACAGCAGCAACAACAACAGCAGCAGCAGCAACAACAACAGCAGCAGCAGCAGCAACAGCAGCAGCAACAACAACAGUCGAUGCCGCAACAGACGAUAUCGCACACGCAGCACGUGCAACAUACAUCGGUUGUGAUGAAGACGGUGUCUUCGGCUGGCAACGGUGCCGGUGAAGUCGAGGAGAUCAACACCAAGGAGUUAGCGCAAAGGAUCAGCGCCGAGUUGAAGAGGUACAGCAUACCGCAGGCGAUAUUCGCCCAGAGGGUACUCUGCCGUAGCCAGGGCACGCUCAGCGAUCUACUGCGCAACCCUAAGCCAUGGUCCAAGCUGAAGAGCGGCCGCGAGACCUUCCGACGGAUGUGGAAGUGGCUGCAGGAGCCAGAGUUUCAGAGAAUGUCCGCGUUACGGCUCGCAGCCCUGAGCAACUGCUCUGAGAGCGGAGGCGAGCCGGAAGCCAUGCUGGAUAUCCACCACCCAGGAACUGGUCUCGAGACUCAUCACCAACAGUUUCACAACUCAUAUGCUGCACAGAUUCCACAACGCGGAACAUGCAAGAGGAAAGACGAGAUGGCGAGCCAGGCAGAACACCAACAGCCCGCCCCCAAGAAACCGCGCCUGGUUUUCACAGACCUUCAGCGCCGUACUCUACAGGCUAUUUUUAAAGAGACCAAGAGGCCGUCGAAAGAGAUGCAGGUGACAAUCGCCAGGCAGCUGGGCCUGGAGCCGACGACGGUCGGCAACUUCUUCAUGAACGCUCGACGCCGCUCCAUGGACAAGUGGAAGGACGAGGACCCGAAGACCGUCGCGGUCGAGGAAGGACAGCUAUCGCCCACGAUAGGUAUCGGGCAACGACAACCAAGCGACGUUUUGUGACACACGUCCGACCACGAGGAGUACCACGACGAAUCACCCGAAGAAGAUCUGCCCUUCUCGUAAUAAGGGCCCGCGCGAUUUUUCACUGAAUACGCGACUGACCACCUCACGGGCUCGUGAUCCAACAACCGACUGAUCGUUCUGAAACAUAUAUUUCACAAUGAGAAAGGACACGUUCCGAUCACGUAGCGACGCAGCAGCCUUCGCAUUACAAGAAUUUCGCGACGGGGUGAGACUUCCUCGAAACGGGUAUAGGGCAAAAUAUUUUAGUUCUGAAUACUGAAGGUGGCUCGAAGAGCGUAGAAUUUUGAUACUUUCGAGAAGGGAAAAUAAUUGGCCGGGUGGAUUUUGUCUUUUUCAAUACACAGAGUGUAUUUACACAUGGUUUUGGAGAGUUUGUAUCGUAUUAUACCGGGUGGUUCCAAGGUUCUU